AUGGGGGAAAAGAUGACCUCGACCUUCUUGGGAGGGCUCAUCAUUUGUGUUCUGGCAGGAAGCUUUCAGUAUGGUUGGAAUGUGUCAAAUGUAAACGGCCCGGCCGGCUUCAUCAAAGAAAAGCUCUACCCCAAUUUAUGCGUUGACAAAUGCCUCUCAGAUGCAGACUCCCUUGAGGAAACGAAUCCUCUGUAUGGCAAACAGUGUAACUCGACUGUACUUGAAGAUGAAAGUUGCACCGUCGAAGAAUACACGGGAUUCGUCAAAAAUCAGGAAAACCAGUUCUCGACCGCAGUGUCUAUGUUUACCGUCGGUGGCAUGGCCGGUUCAUUCUCCACGACUUUUAUGGUGACGAGAUUCGGACGAAAAGGAGCGCAGUUUGUCAAUUGCUUCGCAUCGUUUAUCGGAGGCGCCUUCUACGUUGCUGCGUACUACUUGUCAAGCCAUUAUUGUCUCCUCCUCGCCAGGUUGGCAGUAGGAUACUUCGCUGGAUUAGCUACUGGAAUUUGCCCAAUGUACGUUAUUGAAAUUUCAACGGCCGAUUUCCGAGGAAAAGCUGGUGUUUUACCCCAGUUAUUCAUUACCAUCGGUAUUUUGACUGCACAGAUUCUUGCGUUUCCAAGCAUUCUUGGAAAAGCAUCACUUUGGGGCUGGUUCAUGGCACUUGGAUCGAUUCCGUGCAUCGUUUGGAUUCUCUAUUCCCCGAAAAUGGUUGAAUCACCAAGAUACACGCUCAUCGAAAAGAACAACUCCGAACAAGCUCAAGAAGAUCUCCAAAAACUCCGUGGCGUUGAGGACGUUUCUGGCGAACUUGCUGAACUUGAAGAAGAGGCUGCUAAGCUGAAGGAAAUGCUUUCAUUUAAAUGGCAACUAAUGAUCGUCUGCAUCGCUCAAAUGGGCCAGCAACUUUCCGGAAUCAACGCGAUCUUCUUCUACACAAAUGAUAUCUUCAAAGCCGCUGGUUUCUCCGUUGAAACUUCUACUAUGAUUUCUGCUUUGGUGGGGCUUGAAAAUGUUGGCAUGACUUUUGUUAGUCUAGCUGUGAUUGAAAAAUUUGGACGAACAGGUCUUCAUGUUGGAGGAAAUGUUCUCAUGGUGAUCUUCUGCUUGGGCAUGUUCCUCUGCUUGAAAUACCUGACUGCAGCAAGUUUCGUUCCGUACCUUUCUAUUGUUUGCAUCCUUGGAUACAUCGUCGGAUUCGCUCUUGGUCCUGGACCAGUUCCAUGGAUUUGGAACUCUGAAUACUUCCCACAGCGAGCCAGAGGCCCAGCUGGAUCUGUUUCUUGUGCUCUCAACUGGACCGCGGCUUUUGUCGUUGGAAAAUUUUUCCCGAUCGGAACGGUUUCAUUUAUAUAG